AUUACGCCAAAGCUCUUGGUUUUUGAUUUGUUAGUAAUGGAUAAAACGAACUACAUGAAUAAGCCUCUUAACAAAAGAUUGGGUUGUCUUCAUGAAUUUAUUAUGCGACCCUAUGAAAAAAUGCUGCGUAAACGUCCGGAACUUGCGCGAAUGCGACCAUUUAAAGAUGGGUUAAUUUUUACAUCAUUAAAAUCGGGUUAUUUGGCAGAGCAAAUAUUAAAAUGGAAACCACCAAAUGAAAAUUCCAUUGACCUUAAAUUAUGUUUCGAUUUUAACUGCCAUAACGAGAAUAAUAAACCGAGAUUUUGUCUUUAUAAAUGGAUGAAUGUUCAUAGAUAUUUUGAUGAUAUGUAUGUUACCGAUGAAGAUUGGAAACAUGAUUUUCAACAAUAUGAAGGACGUAUUGUUGAAGUAGUUUAUAGCCCUUCAAUGAAUCCACCAUGGAGAUUUAAAAGGUUUCGUUAUGAUCUACCACACGCAAAUCAUUAUACUAAAUACGAGCCCGUUCACACUAAUAUUGAGUUGAAACUGUCACUUCAGAAUUUGGAACAGCAGUCAAAUAUAUUAAAUAACAAUUUAGAUUCUCGGGAUCACUCUAGUAAAAAAGAGAGUGUAGGGUUAAUGAACUCAUUUCUUG